AUUGUGUUGCAUGAUCAUACAAAAAUUCUUCGUAGCGUAUGGAAAUAAUUUCCGAUCUAUUGCAUUAAGGCCAGCAGCUAAUCUGAACAACUCUAUGAGGAGUGGCCUCUUUGUCACGGCUGCCUGUGGCAACUUUCCAGAAGAAGUCACCAUACCAUGAUGCGAGCUCCUGGAGAAAUGAACGCGAACCCGAACGGCAGCUCCACCCCAGGUGCACUGCAGCGUUCGCAGCUGUCGGCACCUUCUCGGAUCCUUUCCACGCUCGGAUUCCUCGCAGCACCGGGUGGUCUACUAGUAUUUUCCAGUACGUGUUCCACUUCGUAUGCACUGGAUGUAUCGGUGGACUCGACGAAGAUAUCGACGUUGACUGCGCCAACUGCUGGUGGUGUGCACCAGGCACAAGCUGCUGAAUCCCCACGGACUUCUUCCGCAUUCUCGGGUCGAGGCCGCGUGAAGAUGGAUGCGGAUGCGGUGGUCCUCACCGAGGGCGAGGGACUAGAGGAAGAUUCAGACCAGGGCGAAGAGCAGCAAGUAGAUGAUCAUCGGUCGUCUAGUACUUCCAGGGCUAAAAGUUCAUCUUCGGCGAAUUUUCCAACGUCUGCAUUGGUGGAGAACAAGAACAUCAAGCAGGAGCAGCACAAGCGGCGUGGCAACACAAAAAUUGUGGACGACGCAGAGGGGGGUGAAAACGAGCCAGAGAUCAUGAGAACUUUGUCGGCAAAAAAAACGCAGCAGGUUGUGUCCUCAAGUACUAGCACACGACAAAAUAGUACCAGUACCAUGGCACAGCAGCAGCACUACAACGCGUCCGUGCUGUCGUUCACAUCCGACGGCAGCAGCGGCGAGAGUCAAACCUUAAAGCCCUCCACUUCUUCUGGGGUGACGUCGGACCACGCGACCACCGGAAAAAAUGCCAACAGUGCUGCCAUGAGUUUGAUGAAUUUCUCGGCUAGUGCUUUUCCCACUGUCGUGCCGUCUAAAACCGCAAAGAGCAACACCGGCAACGACAACUAUCAUCAUGAUGCUGCCGGCGGUCGCGGGCGCGAGACAUCACAACUACCCGUACUAGUCAACUCCCAGGAGAUGCGGAAGAUGCCGACGUCAAAAACCAAGAACGCCACGGCAAAGACACGCAUCAAGGACGACAUCGCCUCAGCAGUGGAGAGGAUGAAAAUCGCUUCCAGGAAAAUCUCGGCUCGUGGCGCUCCUGCAGCAGCUACGCGGAACAAUGCGACCAGUGGUCUUCACCUGCUGCGGAAAGAACACGAGAGCGGGCGCCCGGUCUCGUCGUGGUCCGAGCAACUGCUUCAGAAGAGAAGCCCAGCUGCGUACACGAAUGGCUGGACGGGUGUGAAAGACUGCCGCGAUACGAACCGGACCGAGUACUUGACGGACCCGAACUACUGCGGCCGAAAAAUAGAAGGCAUCUACGGCUCCAGCGCCAAGGAAGCCGCCUGUACUGAUUACGAGGUCGGUGGCCACGUGUGUAUCUUCCACUAUGUGCCGCUCUAUCAGUUUUGCGGUCUCUCUGCGGUUGAUGAGAGCGGUUCUUCCAUAGUGAACACCUGCAUGGAAAAGUGCAACACGUUUUUCACCCACUGUUUCGCCCAGAAUUCAAGCGGCGACGAUUUGUUCGGCCUCGCUUAUCCGGCCUGUGCAAGCAGCGACCAAGCCUGCAAAGAUGCGGAAGUGGACUGGUUUCAAAACUGCGGUCCCGCUGGAAGUGUUCAGAAUCUUCUUCUUCCCAUCUUUGUCGAGCUUUCCGCGAACAUGUGCGAUCACGAGUUUGCCUCUGAGAUGACGAAAAUACAGGACGCAAAAAACCUCAUUGCUAAAAUACAGGACGCAAAAAACCUCAUUGCUGACCAGCACCACGCCUGGUUUACCGGGACUUGGCCGUCGUGUAAUGAAGGUUGCGCAACAGCCGAAACAGAUGACGGAUGCAGGGCGAAGUGCAUUGAAAACUGCGGCGUAUGCACCGACACCUCUUCCCUAGACGAGAAGCAUAAUGCCGAGGCCUUCUCUCCGUUCAGAGAAGAUACGACUCCGGAAGCGUGCACGUUCUUGUCGCAACUGUGUUGGUGCAAGGCAGUGGAAUACAUGAAAAUGGAAAACUGCAAUCCCAUGGACACUCCUGUUGGGAUUUUGCAAACCUUCAUCGACGCUGGACUGCUCUCGGAAGAAUCCUACGAAGAGAACAAAGCAGAGUACAAGAAAGAAUGCGCCGCGGUCGGAAAAUCAGGAUUGCAACUAAUGAACCCGGAGGACCCAACUUGUCCUACUACAACCACGACCGCUGCGCCAGCACCAGCCGCCGCUUCGAAGGAAACGGCGACGGGCGAGGAUGACGAAACGGGCGCCGGUUUGAGCACCGUGGCGCUGAUCGUUGGUGGCGUGCUGGGUCUCGUCGGUGUGGGAAUCGGAGGUGUUCUCUUCAUGCAGGGCAGAGCUGGUGGGGCUGUGGCCGCGGGCGGUGGAGAGGGGGAUCCGGAGUUCUUCAAUGGGGGUGGAAAUGAGGAAUAUGAAAACUUGAACGUUUACUAGUUGAAAAGAAGGAACAUGAAAACUUGAACGUUUACUAUAUGAAAACUUGAGCUAGCAAAGAAGGGCACGACCGUAACUAGUUGAAAAUCAAAUCAACCGGACGCAACGCCUCGUCAUCAAUUUGCGCGGAAACAAAAUCUCGACGUUGGGUCGUGACAUCACGUGUAUUUCAAUUAUGUCAUAUCUGCGACCAAAGAUAAGGAGAGAGCUUCUGCGAGAAACAAU